AUGAGGUUAAUAUCCUGGAACGUUAGGGGCUUAAAUGCCCCUAACAAACGACGCUUGAUUAAGUCGCAAUUAGAAUUAAUGAAGUGUGAUUUGGUGUUGUUACAAGAAACUAAACUUAAUUUGCAAUCGGCAGAUAGAUUAUUCUCCUCUUGGAAAGUUUGGAAUUUUUGUUCAUCUCCCUCUUUAGGGGCGUCAGGUGGGUUGGCUAUUAUUUGGAAGGAUUCUGCUAUUCACUUCUCAUUAGUUGCGUUAUCAUCUAAUUGGAUGCUUGGAAUAGUUAAGCGUAGAACGUCAAACUUAAAGUUUUGGCUUUUUAAUGUUUAUGGCCCUUCUGGGAUUAUAGAGAAAAGAAUGCUUUGGAAUUCCUUGAUUACUCUCACUACUCCUCUGCAGAAUGUUUUUCUAAUUUUUGGGGGUGAUUUCAAUGCAAUUGCGAAUUUGAAUGAAAAGGUUGGAGGAAUUAUUCCUAACAAACGUGUCAUUUUAGAUUUUUCCAACUUCAUUCAGUACUUGAGUCUAGUUGAUUGUAUGCCUCUUAAUGGUUCAUUUACUUAG